AUGCUUACUGCCUCCACUCUGACUAUUCCAGAGCCCACCGCUUCCACCCUGGCUCCCCCAGAACCUAGCACCAACCCAGUGCCCACCACCUCCACCCUAACUACCCCAGAGCCCAGCAGCACGACCCCAACCACCUCCACCCUGGCUCCCCCACACCCCAGCAGCACUACCCCAACCACCCCCACCCUGGCUCCCCCACACCCCAGCAGCACUACCCCAACCACCUCCACGCUGGCUCCCCCAGAACCCAGCAGCACGACCCCAGCCACCCCCACCCUGCCCAGCAGCACUACCCCAACCACCCCCACCCUGGCUCCCCCACACCCCAGCAGCACGACCCCAACCACCCCAGAGCCCAGCACCAUCCCAACCACUCAAGUGUCCACCGUCACCCCAGCGUUCACUACCACCUGGGCGUCUGUCCCAAAUGAGACCAGUUCAGAACUAUUCUUUACCACAGAACUCUCUUUACUCCUAGAAUCCAUCACAACAACCCCAGAGUGGAACAGCUUCCUAACUGUCCACGAGAUGGCUCAAGGGAAUUCUGACACUUUCAAAAGCGAUCCUUUUGUCAACUCUGAGUUCUGUUGUCUCCUCCCCCUGGGCUUCUAUAUUCUGGGUCUCCUCUGGCUCCUGUUUGCCUCUGUGGUACUCAUCUUGUUGCUGAUCUGGACCUGGCACGUAAAUCCACACUCUCUGGACUUGGGCCUCUCCGCCGCCUUGGCCACCAGCACACACACCACAAGUCUGGAGGUGCAGAGGGGAAGGCAAGUAACCGUGCCCCGGGCCUGGCUGCUCUUCCUUCAAGGGUCACCCCCCACUUUCCGUUCCAGCCUGUUCCUAUGGGUGAGGCCUAAUGGGCGUGUUGGGCCUCUGGUAGCAGGACGAAGACCCUCAGCUCUGAGCCAGGGUCGUGGUCAGGACCUAUUGGGAACAGUGGGUAUUAGGUACUCAGGCCACAGUCUGUGAAGGUGAGUCCUUUGGAGAUCCUGAAAGACUCAAAAGACUCUACUGGGAUCUAGCUGGGAGUGGGGAGGUGGGGGCAGUGGUAGAUGAGACUGCCACAGGGGCAUUCUAUUUACUUCUUUAUCUGAAGCCCCCUCUUUACAUCCAGAGCUCACUAAUCAAGAGGCAGUGAGGUGAUGGAACCGGGUGGUCAUUGAAUCAAGUUCCCUAUGUUGCUUAGAGAAUUGCCAGGCCAUAUGGUCACUGCUACCAUUUUGGGGAAGAGCUAGAAACAGCAAAUAGAAAUGGAGCAUGGUUCCCACAUGGAAGAAAACUUGGAAAGCCAUUAAUCAAGACAGGAGCACUAUCCCUAAGUAUAAUGAGUAUUUUUUUCCCUGUAAUACUUCUUAGUUUUCCACCAGCAUUUCCUGUAUAAUAAAAAUGUUUUAAAAAAAAAGAAAUGUAGCUUUCUUUGGGACUUGAGAACAGCUGAAGCACCUGGUACAAGAAUUCCCAAGUCCUAGCUGCUUU